AUGGAUCAACCGGAAUUAUCGCAUCAUGUUUCAUUCCACAUGCACGAGGAGGAGCAUGAUCUUUUACACUUGAGACCAUCAGCAAUCAGUCUCCGAACACCGAACAAAGGCGGUUCACAUUCAAAUGUUCCUCAUCUACUUCUAUCUCAGGACCAAGGUGAAUGGCCGUCAUUUUCAAUAACUAAGAAGCGAUUGAACCUCAAAGGAUCCGUGAUGCGCCAUCGGCAUAUCUGA